CUUGAAGCAGGUUAUCAUUAUAUAUAAAGGGCACUCAGACUAGUCGAUCCUAACCAGAUUUUGGCAAACUUUGAUUCAGAAGGGUUCCAGCUGACUAUCAGCAAAAAAAAGCCGAAAUGAGAUCAAUGAAGAAAACAGAGUUCUCUAGUAGCAGUGGAGGCAGCUCCCAGAUUAGAAGAAUCGAUUUAGGAGGUGCUGUGAACACAGUCACAUCCAUCAGAAAGAGUACUACUGAGCAGUUUGUUUCUCCAUCUUACAGAAGCACCUCCACUACUUUCAAGCAGGAGCUGGAUCCUGUCUUGCAGGCGACUCGACGAGAUGAGAAAAAUCAGAUCCAGUUGCUCAAUGACAAGUUUGCAAGCUUCAUUAGCAAGGUCCGUAACCUUGAGCAAGAAAAUAAAAUGUUGGAGACCAAAUGGUCCCUCUUGCAACGUCAGGGAGAUUACAGUUCCAACAAUGAGGACCUUUACAAAGCAUAUGUCAAUGCCCUCACCCGACAGCUGGAAAGUUUUAAACAGGACAAGAUACGCUUGGAUAGCGAACUGCAGCAAAUGCACGGCACAGUGAAUGGGCUCAAGGUCCAAUAUGAAGACGAACUGAAUAAUCGUGCAGGAAUGGAAAAUGAUUUUGUUACCUUGAAGAAGAGCGUUGAUGAUUCAUACCUGACAAAACAUCAACUUGGUGAUAAACUGGAUGGGCUUGUUAGCGAACUUGACUUCCUGAGACAGGUCUAUGAUGAGGAACUCCAUGAGCUGCAAGCACAAGUUAAGGAUAUUGCUGUCACUGUUGAAGUUGAUAAUACCCGUGAUCUGGACCUCCAAGAGCUUGUCACUAACAUGAAGGAACAGUAUGAUAUUUUGGCAAUCAAGAAUCGUGAUGAAACUCAGGCUGUAUACAAAGGCAAGUUCAAUCAACUGGCUCAGUCUGCUGGAAAAUAUGAUGAUGAUAUGCGCCUCAUCAAAAAUGAAAUCAUGGAAUCAACCAGGAGAAUCACAAAACUUAACUCUGAAAUCGAUGCUCUUAAGGGUCAGCGCCCUGGGUUGGAUGCAGCAAUUACUGAAGCAGAGGAACGUGGAGAAAUAAAUGUGAGAAAAAUAAGGGCAGAGAUUACUGAACGAGAGAAUGAGAUAUACCAAGCCAAGCAGGCUGUAGCUCGGAAAUUACGGGAUUAUCAAGAGCUACUGAACAUCAAGAUUGCCCUAGAUUUUGAAAUUGCCACCUACAGGAAAAUGCUGGAGGGAGAGGAGAUCAGGAUUGGUCAGCAGCAGAAGGCAAUUGUUCAUAUUAACACCCCACCAGUAUCUGGUGCUACUUUGGCAUAUUCCAGAAGUUAUUCUACUGAACACCAGGAUUCCUUCAUGAAUGCAGGCAGUGCUCAAGAUGCCUUUGGAGGCUCGAGUGUUAAGAAAGCUGUGAUGGUCAAGACUGUUCAGUCAAGUAGCAGAAAUGUGGUCUAAAAGAAGUCUGACAAAAACUGAAGGAAGAAAAGAAGCCUGAUGGUUCUCUGCCUUAUUAUCUCUCAAGUUCAUAUCUAUUUUGCAUCAAAUGGGCAGCAAGAAGUUUUUUUUAUUAUAUCAGUCAGGCCAACUCAUUCUCUCUCUCUCUCUCUCUCUCUCUGUGUUAAUUACUGUGAGCUACGUCUAUGCUCAGAGCCUUUAUGUAUUCAAUUCUGAGUGAACAAUUGAAGCCCUCUGUAAAUUCAUUCUCCAGCGUCAUGAUGUAUGUAUGUCAUCAAAGUAAUAAUAGUCAUGCUAUAGGUCAGGAAGAAGCAUGUAUCAGAAAAAUACUGUGUUUCAAAAUAAGUGAGCAUGUAGUUCUCGACACAAGACAUCAAGAAUAGAGUGUCUCCAGUUAACUCCCAGCAUUAAAAGAAAAAUGAAAGACAUGAUUUAAAGCAUUGACUUCACCACCAUAUGCAUGUGAAUCGUUAUUGAAGGGAAACUCUUGUGUCAGUCGUAUUCAUUCUUGCCAGCUGAUGAUGGGUUAUGGGUAAUGCUGUGGCUUUGUAUUGUGAUGUUUACCACUGCAUAAAGUUGCAGCUUUGAUUUGCAGUGAAGCAACAUGGAGAGGUAAAAUAUGCUCUCCAUACUUUGUCUAUUGCUACGACUAUACUUCCGAUAUUGCAUUCUAUUUUUGACAUCAUUGUUAAACUCAAUAAAUAGCUUCACCCCAA